AUGUCAUUCCUGGGAUGUAUUGACAAACGUUUUGGAGAUGCUGGCCUACAAGACGUACUGAUUGAGUCGGAGGUCGUCGCCAUAGACUCAAUGAACGGUGUCAUUUCUGGCAAACAUUACAAUAGAGCAGUCAGGUCAAAUAAGCUGAUGUCUGAUGCACUACACCGAAUGAUGCUACAGGCUUUUCUACAUUCCCUUACGGAAGAAGCAGCUAACAAAGUGGAGCAAGUGAUGGCAGACUUACAACAAGCAUUUCCAAGUCCUCAGUACUUUGAGAUUUUGAAAAGUGAUAGAUUUGAAGAGUUUGUGGCAUCCUUUGACCAGUUCAUACAGGCAGGUAACAGCAAGCAGACCUUCAGAUUCUGGAACUCGUAUUUGGACAUGGUAGAGGUUCUGUUGCUCUUCCUGAGAGGCACGCGAGAGGGAAACUGGAAUCUGCACUUGGCAAGUGUCAGACGUAUGCUGCCGUGGAUAUUUGCAUAUGACAAUAUUAACUACAGCCGAUAUCUUCCAGUGUAUUGGCUGGAAAUGAGAGAUCUUCUAACCACUCAUCCAGCAGUUCAUCAGCAAUGUAUGGAAGGCCACUUCACUGUGCAAAGAAGCGAGAAUGCAUUCGCUCAAAUAGCUUGUGAUCAGACAAUUGAACAGACCGCCAAUCGCGAUUCCAAGACAAAAGGAGGGAUGACAGGUUUUACAACAAGCAAAGGAAGUGUGAACAGAUGGAUAUGGACACACCAUGCAAGGGGAUCAAUAUUGUAG